AUGAACAUAUUACUUUAUAGGUUUGCUGGAAGCAAAACAUGUAUAAGUGAGGUUGCUAAAAGCAAAAGCACACAUCAUUUUGAACAAAUUUCUGGUUUUCCUGGAGUAUUGGGUUGCAUCGGAAGCACCUAUAUUCCUAUUCGGGCACCAGCGAAUAAAAAUAAAUCUAGCUAUGUUAAUCACCAGCAACAAAUUUCUAUAACAUUGCAAGGCAUCUGCGACGCAAACGGAGUAUUUCUGGAUGUUUUCACUGGACCACCAAGCAAAAUUCAUGAUGCACGUGUCUAUAAGCUUUCGUUUGUCUACCAAAGACUGCCUGAACUUUGUUCGGAUGAUCUUCAUCUGAUUGGCGAUGAAACCUACCCGUUAUCUGAUCAUAUGUUGGUACCUUACAUGGGGCAAAACGACCAAACAAGCAUAAACUAUAACAGCGCUUUGCAACUAUCUCUACAACCGGUAGAAAAAUCUUUCCGUCUUUUAAAGCAACGUUUCAAGCAACCAAUGAGUCGUCUUGAUUUUCACCAAGUUGACACAACCACUAAAUUUACGAUCGCUUGUUGCGUCUUGCAUAACCUUUGCAUCCUCGAUAAUGACUUUUUAUUAGAAGACGUCGAUGUCCAGACUUGUCAGUACGAUGGUAACGCAACAAAUCAUUUCUUUGAUAAUCUAUGUUUCGAAGCAUCCGAGCCUUUUGAACUAACCUCAGAAGAGUUGCAAAGCAAACAAAUGGGUGAAAUAAAACGAGAUCGGAUUUCUGCAGGAGUUGUGGGUUAA